AUGACAAAGUCCAAGAAUGGCGGCUUGGUUCUCUUCCCUGAGGACGAGGUUACCGCGGCUGCUCUGCGCCGCACUACCAAACUUGUUGAGAGGGGCCCUCGGAGGAAAAGGGUCAUCAUUAAAUUUGUAGACAGACUCCUAGAAAAAGACCUGAUCCCGUGGGCGCUACGCAAGAAUGAGUCUCUUGAUAUCAGCGAACAUGAGCAAAGCAGCAUAAAACCGCUAUUCAUGCUAGGUCCACGAGACGGACAUGCGGUGCAUUGGGUUGUUGAGGUCGCCCCAGAAACUCUGCCGAAGAUCGAAGGCAAAUCGGCUUAUCUGGGUAUGACCAAGUGCAAAAUAAAGUUCUUCGACUCAGUAACACAAUGUUUUAACUGCCAAGGAUUUGGCCACACGGCCCAAAAAUGUAGGGAAGAGCAACCCAGAUGCAGGAAAUGCUCGGGGCGACACGACUCACGGUCUUGCACGGCGCAAACGGUAAAGUGCCCUAACUGUCGAAGUGGGAACCACAAUGCGGCGUCAGCUAACUGCCCGGCAAGAACAGCCGCCAUCAGACGACUUACCCGUCAAACAGAUUUUGGGACGACUGACCUUACCCCAAAUGACAGCUGA